AUUUAUUAUUAUUUUUGUCAGUUUCAAGUUAUUUCAGUGACCGUCGUGGGUUUUUCUUUCUUUAACGGAAUAUACCAACAGUUUAGUCCACGUGUGUAUAUGGUGCUCUGCUUAAGUGCCUCUGAGCAAGAAACAAAGAGGCCUGCUGGCUGCAAUCAGGUAGGAAGCUGCUACCUGAUCCACCUGAUCACACACACACACACACACACACACACACACACACACACACUCUGCUGUGGUUAAACAGAAGCCAAUCUGGCUGAGAGCAGCUCCGUCUCGCUAAGAGCUCUCAGGCAUUAUUCAUCACACACUGAAUAAUCAACCUGCUCUGGACUCUGUGAUCGAGUGUGGAGGACAGAGAGAGGGAGGAAACAUCUGGAACACGGGGAGGAGGGUCGACUCUCUGAACCAGAAUGUAGAGAAAAGAAACGUAGAAACGUAAGAGAGACGUCGGUUAUAAUAAUAAUUACUUCUCGAAGAAACGUCGUCCAGAAGCACCAGAGGAUCUAAAUAUUCAGCUGUGUACGAACAUAGUAACAUUAACUCUACCUGUGUACUCGCUACAGAAAUACAAUACUCAGGGUCUGUUAGUGGUGGAGGAAGUAUUUAGAUCCUAAUAGUGUACCACUUUGGUUUUUGAACAUAUCUCAACAACUAUUUGAUUGAUUGCCGUGAAAUGUGGUACAGAUGUUCAAGAUCCCCAGAGGAUACAUCCUCAAGAGUUUGGUGAUCCGCUGACUUUUCCUCUAGCGCCACCAGCAGGUCAAAGGUUUCCCUUAAUCAGUGAAAUAUAACAAUAAAUUGCACAUUCGUGUGUCUCAGACGGUGUUCACUAAUGACUCCAGUGAUCCGUUUACAGAUAAUGAUGUGAUGUCACUGUACCGAUGUCAGGUGUACCACACGUGUUCCCACUCUCUUUAACUUACAAAGGUUUAAGGCCGACGCUGACAACUCUUUUCUCUUUCUUUGUCUCCAGCUGCUGAACCUCUUCCUGGCUCUGCUCCUCAGCAGCUUCAGCUCAGACAACCUGUCGGCUCCAGACGACGACGGAGAGAUGAACAACCUGCACAUCGCCAUCCACCGGAUCACCAGAGGCCUGGCCUGGUGCCGCAGACAGGUGGUGGAUUUCUUCAACGGGAACCUGAAGCGCCGUCGUCAGAAGAGGAAAGAGGCCAAAGCUAUGAUGAAGCUCAAACGCCUGAGUACCAUCCACACCGAGGCCAACGGAGCCGUCAUAGGCCGUCACGUGGAGAAGUACGUGGUGCCGGAGGACGACAGCUACAUGACCAACCCCAACCUCACCAUCAGCGUGCCCAUCGCACCCGGAGAGUCCGACGUGGAGUUCCCAGAGGAGGAGGAGGAGGAAGAGGAAGAGGGGGAGGAGGAGCAGAGCGAGGGCUCCGAGGAGGAAGAGGAGGAGGAGGAGGAGAGGGAGGAGGAG